CGUGUUUGCUAUAUAAUAUCUUGUUUUUGAUUGGCUAGCUAGUUAACCAGUCAGAGGUCAAUAAGGGUUCGUUUUGUAUUUUCAUAUCUCACCCACUCAUUUUACAAAGACACGUCGUAUAGCAAAACGAUCAAGUGAGAAAAUUUGAAGGACAUGUUUAAGGGCAUAGACUAAGAUAGAUAGACAACAAACAAUAAUCCAGACAAUAGCCACGCGUGUUCUCUUAACCAGCCCACGUUUCGUUUUGGUGUGUGUGACCUUGUUAUGUUCAUACCUCACACCCCUCCCAUGGCCCGUCUGUGAUCCGUGUUUUUAAUUGUAGACAGGUAUCUGUCAGAAGCGUUUUUUUAAAUAAUAGGAUUUGGGGACGUCUGGUCAUUUUGCUUCGAAAUGUUUUGGGAGGAAGCAUUUGGGUUAAUUCCAUUUAUACUUGUCAGUUCAAACUGUUGAACGUUGCUAUAUGAUAUUACAUUAUUUUUUGGACGUACGUUAUGGCGUUCCCUCUUCCCAAUAAUCCAUACUUCUCAACAUCACCUCUGGCAGAUGUGGCUGAAUUCAGACAGAAUCUAGUUUCACGAAUUUUCGGAAGACCUCAGGACUAUGAUCUUUCACUCGCACCAUCGCAAUCACCUGAACUACUUCGUAGAUCUGAUCUUGUAAAUCCCCAAAAAACUCUAUGUACACCUAACAAUUUAUUAAAUUCUCCAGGUUGGUUUCAGCAUGCUCUUGCAUCCAGUCUUCAAAUGGGUCUUUUGUCUCUACCACGGUACAUGCUCAAGGACAUUUACUUACCACCUUUACCUUCCCAACCUCUUAAUAUGAGGUUGCCCCGAGCUACGAACAUACAUGCACCUUUUGAACCAUCAGUACCCGAAGUAAAACCAAAGAUCACUAGUAAAUGUACAUCUCGACCAGAACAUUCUCGUUCCUCUUCAUUUAAUGAUUGUGAGAAUUUCUUUGCUUGUCGUCAACCUACAGUUCGGCCUACAUUAAAAAGACAAUCAGAGAGACCAAAGACAAAUUGGGGUUCAAACAGUACAUCUAAUCCUCUUGCGUCAGUUGAAUCCCAAGAUACUGGUACUUUAGUUCCCAGUCUGAUUGACGGUGAAGUCAUAAUGGGAUUUAAUGUUUGGGGCGAAAAACGAUUAUGUUUACCACAUUUAUUUCGUUUUGUGCUACACGAUGUGGAUUUGCAGAUCAUAGAUAAGGCAUGUACAAAGCUUCAAAUAGCAUGCACAACGUGUACUCCAGCUCAAUUAAGUCUGUUACAUUCACGCCAAAUACUUCCUCGUACUGUCGGUAGUUGUGGUCUAAUUCGUAAAAGUGACGCAGAAAGGUUGACCAAGUAUAUUCGUCAUCAAAAUAUGUGUCUGGAGGGAUCUAAUUGUGAAGAGAGUUCAACAUGUAAAUCUCCAAUUAAUCCCUGUAUUGGUGAAGAUUCUGAAAUGAAAACUACUACUGGUAUGGGCUUUAUUAAGGACCAUCGACAACUGAGCCCUGUCUCAACUGACACUUCUAAAUCAACUAAAUCAGUAGAUAAUGCACAGUCAGCAGACCGCUUAGAUUCUGGUCAUGAUGAAAACCAGCCUGAGAAUAAUUGUAAAAAUGCUGUGGAAUCUAGUGUUAUUCCAGUAAUACAUGAAUGUUUUGGACGACAGUUGGGAUUAAUAUAUCCGAAUAUGUAUAAGGAACCUUAUUCAAAAUGUAUCAAGUGUGUCACAUGUUGUCGAUAUUUUUCCCCUGAGCAGUUUGUUGGACAUACACAUACCGUCACUGAAGUUGAUAAUUUAAACCAUUGGGGUUUUGAUUCUACCAACUGGCGGUGUUAUCUUCGUUUGUACACGGGUCGUCGGUUAAAUGUGAAUGUUAAUUCUAUUCUUUCCAAUAUUAAUACUGUGCGUGGUCAUGAAGUUGUUGGGAAAUCUAAUACCAAAGAACCUGUGGUUGCUGUAGACGCUCAUCGUCGCCUGGAAGAAUUCAAAAUUAAGUUUGCACAGCCUAUUAAACUACCCCCAUCCUUAGGUGCAGCUUUACGAAGUGUGGGAUUAUGUGCAUCUGUGGCUCCAUUUCCUGCUGGUACAACUAACUCACAGCAUUCUCAAACUUCUGAAGCUGCCAUAUGUGAACAAAUUUCAGCCCUGAUACGAAAAACUAGCCAGUCGAAAACUCAUCAGUUCCUCCCUCUACGGCCAAAUAAAGCACUUGAUCAGACAAUAAUCAGUACUUCAGCUAAUUCAGCCCCAAAUCAAUCCUCCCCUUCCAAUAUGAUGCUGCCCCAGCUAACACUGCGUCGUCUAUGGGCACCAAACGAUGGUCGAAUUAAACUUCCACCCCCACCUAGGUUACUGACAAGCUGUGAGAUAAAAUCUCUUCCAGAAAAGUUUCGUACUGGACCUCCAUUAUUAUUACAUUCUCAUCGAGUUGUUACUCAAGAUGCUGCACAUCAUUAUGAUCGUGAUUUUAUACCAAAUGUUUGUCUGAAACCGUUCAAUGGGACUGAUAGUAAAAACAUUGCUAGAUCAUCAUCAAGUCGGAGACGUCGGCAUAGGCGUUCACUACGCAAGCAAAGUGAAGGAGAUUCUAUUCAGGACUCCAGAUCCCGUUCUUGCAGUGAAUAUAGCUCAGGUUCAAGAAGUAGUCGUACUCGAAGUUCUAGUACUAGCAGUACUAGUAGCAGUCGGUGUAGUUGCAAUAAAAUUACUGGGAAUUUAGAUAUUCCAGAUUUUCGGUGGAAUCACAAUAAGCCAUCUUGCAAUUGUAACCAUAAUUCUACGUCUCCUAAACACAAUGCUCACAAAACUACUGAUGGGCUAAAGUCAUGUGAUUCUAUGUGUGUCAAGAAGAAUCCUUCCAAUUCAUGUUCACCUAGAUUAUCUAGGGCACGUUCACUCAGCGGAAGUGUCAACAAAUUUAAAAGACUCCGAAGGACAUCUUCUUGUCCAGUGUUUUACUCCAUCCGACAAACAAGCACGCUAAAUAACAUUGAGUGUUCCGAUGAUAAGCAUAAUAGAAAAAAGUUGACGAACUCAACAUCAACUUUUAAAGCAUAUCAAAAGAAAUCCGCCCCACCUCAUAUGGAUAAGAGUGGAAUUAAACAACGAUGUAAAGCAAUGGCUGCCGCACGUGCUGCACAAGGCGCAGCUAGUCGAACUGGCCCAGGUUUAUGGGCACGACAUUUUAUUAAUGUACAGAAUUCUAAUGGAGAUUCUAUGAAAUUACCAAAUGCUAGACGAUCUGUCCCUCAUACAGUCGAUACCCAUAAUCCUUAUUCAAAUCCAGUGAAUAAUACUCCAGUAUUAGUGACAAAUCCAAUGAAAAAUAGUCUACCUGCUGCGGUUUUAGCUUUAGAAGCGAUUUGGGCAGAUUUAGUUCGACUUAUCAAUGAAUAUACAAUUGCAAUUGAAUCAAGGUCUGGUGUAGACGCAGCACGUCAAAGGCUGUUUGAGCAAUUCAUAUCUAUGCAAACUUGUUAUGCUACACAUAUAGCAUCAUUGAUGGAUGAAAAUCAGAAACUCCAUGAGAAGCUUACACAAACUCAAGCUCAACUACUACAUUGUCAGCCUCAAUUACAAGGCUUUGUUACUACUACUAAUAAUAAUACAUCAAUGCCACUUAUGUCGAAUAACGCGCCACUUGCAUCAUCUCAACCACCACUUCUAUCUACGAUAACAACUUCAUCCACAUCCACAACCUCUGCUGGAAAUCUGAACCAAUUUCACGCUUUUGAUACAGAAUUAGAUAAUAAGUCUGGGUCCAACAACCGAUCAGAUGAUAUGUUGAUUCACUCUGUUAUCCAAAAUAAUAAUCAUGUCAAUAAUUAUGACGGUAACAACAAUAACUUGUCUCGUUUAUCACGAAAUGAUUUUUCACCGUUGAUUAUUGAUCCAACACGAAUUAUCUCUUCAAUCAAUAAACUCAAAUCAAUGAAUUCUGGCGAUGAGACACAUUUGAGAAUUGCUUCUGCUAUGAAUACAACUGCUUCUAUUACUUCUAAUCCACAUCAUAAACAUCAUUUCACUUCUAAUAAUUCUAUGACUGAUCCAGGUAAUUCAUCAUCUAGAUACUUAACUAUGGCAUCAUCUAUGCUAUCUUCAAAUUUAAAGCGUAAAAUUGAUUCGUCAAAUAAUUUGGAUUUUGAUAUUCAUCGUUCAAUGUCAUCAUCUUCAUUGCCUAGUGUACAGGAUCGUUUAGAUUCUAACGUUUGUCCUGAAACUCUGCAAUCAUCCAGUAAUCCAAGUCCUUUAGAAGGUGGACGCAGUCACAGUUCAUCUACACCAACUGCUUCCGAAACAGAUAGUCUCACAAGGGAUCCUGUUGAUGAUCCAAGUGAAGAAAUAAAUCAUUUAGAAUUUCAAAAUCCAAAUCCUCGUAUAAAUAUUGAAGGUGAUACAAAUGAGUCAAAUGUAUGGACAAAAACUUUGCCAACGUUAGAUAAAUCUUCAAUGUUAUGGGAUCAACAUCAGAAUCCUGUCAGAAAUCUUAGCGAUUUAACUGCUAAUUGUAUGAGUAAACAUCGUGACACAUCGCUAAUAGAUACAACACCGCCUAAUCAAACUAUUUAUUCACAUCAACCAAAAAAGCGGCGUACAUUAAAUAGUCAUAUAUUUGCCGCCACAAACAGCAAUAUUAUUAGUGGUAAUAAUAAUAAAUGUAACAAAUAA